CGUGGUUGCAAAUGUCAACAACAAAGUGAAACCGAAAAUUGAAGGAAAUUUUUAGAAAGUCAAUAUAAAACAGAAUUCCCAGGAUCUAAUUAUAAAACAACAAAAGGCAUACACAAGUAUGAGUAGAUCAUUCACAGUGAAACCAUCUGUAGCAUACAGUCAGGGCAGAGGAAGGGGUGCACCUACAAACCAACCGUCGGUAGGGCGAGGGAGGGCGAGAGGAGGAACAACUGUGAGAACACAGACAGACAGACUAGCAACACGAUCAACACAAGCUGAUAUGGAUAAAGAUCAGGGACAGCUUGGGGAUGGAACUGUCGGUCGACAGCCCGGGGGAGCGGGCGCCGGGAUGGAACAGAGAAUGAGCCACCAAGGAGCCUUUACAAUGAUAACUCCCAAUGAAAGGAAACGGCAACAGGUUGCAGAACAAGCCAGGCGGGAGGAAGAGGCCUAUCAGAGGCAUAAGGAAAACAACAGGCUUGGGCAUGUGAGCUACGUUGGAACAGUUGGUGGAGCACAGAAAACUGAGAAUGAGGCUCGGCAUCAGCAAGCUCAAACCCACAAAUCGUCAAAGUUUGACAGUAUUCAGAAAAGACAGGCCGCACGAGAUGCUGUGAAGAGGAGAGAUGAGGAAGAGAUUUCAAAAAUGAAAGCUGAACAGAGGAGGAAAGCUCAGCAGAACACAAGGUCUGAGGCAGAGAGACAACAAAGGCUGCAGGAGGACCAUCGCACGAAAAAUGAGGCUUUCCUUAAAAGAAUUGAGGCAGAACAGAAAUCAAAGUCCAGAUCAAAAUAUAGUCAACCCAGUGCCAGUACAGUGCCUGUUGUUGAAACAGAGAAGAGAGAAGCAGCCUCAUCUGGUGACACCCUCCAUAAUAAUGGGGAUCCCCCCUUUGUGAACACUGUUGGUAAUCUUUCACUUGGGAACACCUAUGAUGAUCCUUCACUCAGGGAGCUACAGCGUAUGUUUCCUUCAUAUGACCAGGAUACCUUAAGGGACAUUUUAUUACAGGCAGGGUCAGUAGAGGAUGCCGCUUCCUUACUAUCCUGAGUUGGUGGAAAGAUGAAAUCAAACUUCCAUGUUGCAGUGUUCUUAAAAUAUGGCAAAGACGUAGAUCCUGCUUUAUAUAUAAACAUUGCAAAGCUGCUUUUUUCAUGUCAAUAAUUUUAGAUGUAAAAAAUGAACUAUUUUUAUUUAUAAUGAUAUAACAUACACGUACAUAUACAUGUACAUCUUAGAGAGAAUCUCUAAAAUGCAGAUAUUGCCAAAUAUCAAAAAUGUUAAGAUUGGCUUCGUUCAUGUCUGAAUAUUACAUGUAGUAGUAAGAAAAUUAGAAAUAUGUACAAAUCUAUUUAACUGCUUAAAAGAAAUGAUAAAUGCACUCAUCCUAUGCAAUUCAAAUGGCUCUUUUUGUUUAAAU